CGCAGCUCGCUCCUCCCGCUGGAGCCGCUGCGGUUGUUUUCCUUCUGAGCCGGGCGAAACUAGCGCCCUUGCCCACCGAAGAUACCCGGGACGCUACGCAGUCCCCCACGCUGACUGGCGGCCGUUGAGGCCGCAGGGGAGGCGAGUAUCCGCUCUGCGGGACCAGAACGCAACCAGGUGGGAGCUAGCGAAAAAGGCGCUCGAUCCCCGCCGCCUCUUCCCGACAGAGCCAGCAGAGAAGAGGCUGCGGAGGCGACCCGCGCGCACGGCGUCCUCCGCAUUGUGCAAGCCUGCAUGGAACGGCGCGGGGCGGGGGCGCGGCUGUGGGGUUCCCCAGAGCCUCCCGCCGUGCGCUCGCAGCCUCCCCGGCGUUGCCUGUAGUCGGGAGACGCCGAGUUAAGGCAUGAGGGAUGCUUUUGUGCGCGAUUGCAGGCGGAGCAGCUGGUAACGGUAGAGCUAGCGGCAGCGGGAGCCGCGAUUGCGGAGCAGGUCGUGCACCGCGGUCACCCGCAGCCCUCCCAGCGAGAGAGGCAGGGAGCGAUGCUGAAUUAGGUGACUGGAGCCCUUGCAAGUGAGGGGGCAAGCUUAAAAGCCCGUGACCGGCCUAGGUCCCAGCGGAGUUGGGAGGGCGGUCAGGCAGCUCCCCAUGGCGAGCAGUCGCAGCAUCGAGCUGGAGCACUUCGAGGAGCGAGAUAAGAGGCAGCAGCGUGCUGGGCCGCGCCGCGGCGGCUCCGGCGGUGGCGGCGCGGGGCCGCGGGGCAACGGGCUGAUCCCCAGCCCGGCACACAGCGCUCACUGCAGCCUCUACCGGACGCGGACCCUGCAGGCGCUCAGUUCGGAGAAGAAAGCCCGGAAAGCCCGCUUCUACCGUAACGGCGACAGGUACUUUAAGGGCUUGGUGUAUGCUAUAUCUACCGACCGAUUCCGCUCUUUCGACGCACUCCUGGUUGAGCUCACCCGAUCCUUGUCGGACAACGUGAACCUUCCUCAGGGUGUCCGCACCAUCUACACCAUCGAUGGCAGCAAGAAGCUUACCAGCCUAGAUGAGCUGGUGGAAGGUGAAAGUUAUGUAUGUGCAUCCAAUGAACCAUAUCGCAAAGUGGAUUACACCAAGAAUGUCAAUCCAAACUGGUGUGUGAACAUAAGGACUGGUUCCACUCGAUCCUUGACAUCUUUGACGUCCACAAAGAGUGAAGUGAAAGAGAGUAAAGACUUCAUUAAACCCAAAUUAGUGACUGUUAUUAGGAGUGGAGUAAAACCACGGAAAGCUGUGAGAAUUCUGCUGAAUAAGAAGACUGCUCACUCCUUUGAACAGGUCUUGACUGACAUCACAGAAGCCAUUAAGUUAGAUUCGGGUGUGGUCAAGAGACUUUGUACACUGGAUGGAAAGCAGGUGACAUGCUUGCAGGACUUCUUUGGAGAUGAUGAUGUCUUCAUUGCAUGUGGGCCUGAGAAAUACCGGUAUGCUCAGGAUGACUUCGUGUUGGAUCACAGUGAAUGCCGUGUUAUGAAGUCUUCUUAUUCCCGUUCAUCUGGAAUGAGGCAUACUGGAUCCAAAAGUCCAGCACCUUCACGUCGAAGCAAAUCACCUGCCUCAGUAAAGAGGAGUGGCCACUACUCCAGUGCUCAUUCUUCAGCAAAAUCCCCAGUUAAUGGAACCCCAAGCAGUCAGUUAUCCACCCCAAAAUCUACAAAGUCCUCCAGUUCUUCACCAACAAGCCCAGGCAGUUUUCGUGGACUCAAGAUAUCUCCACAUGGUGGAUCUUCUUCCAAUGUGAAUGGUGUAACUGAAUCACUCCAUUGCCAGAGUCCUGAAGGUGUGAAUGGAAACAAGUGCUCAGGGUCAGCUACCAUUCUUGAGAAGUAUAAAGUGGGGAAGGUGAUUGGUGAUGGCAAUUUUGCUGUUGUGAAGGAGUGUGUAGAACGGUCCACAGGAAAGGAGUUUGCAUUGAAGAUCAUAGACAAGGCUAAAUGCUGUGGAAAGGAACACCUGAUUGAAAAUGAAGUGUCUAUUCUGCGCCGAGUGAAGCAUCCAAAUAUCAUUAUGCUUAUAGAGGAAAUGGACACCCCAACAGAACUCUAUCUGGUGAUGGAGCUGGUCAAGGGAGGAGAUCUAUUUGAUGCUAUCACUUCUUCUACAAAAUAUACAGAGAGAGAUGGUAGUGCAAUGGUUUACAAUCUAGCCAGUGCACUCAAAUACCUUCAUGGUCUCAACAUUGUGCACAGAGACAUUAAGCCUGAGAAUCUCCUGGUGUGUGAAUAUCCAGAUGGAACCAAGUCUUUGAAGCUGGGAGACUUUGGACUGGCAACUGUGGUUGAAGGACCUUUAUAUACUGUCUGUGGUACACCCACGUAUGUGGCUCCAGAAAUCAUUGCAGAGACAGGAUAUGGCUUAAAGGUGGAUAUUUGGGCUGCAGGUGUGAUCACAUACAUACUAUUAUGUGGAUUUCCACCUUUUCGCAGUGAAAACAACCUUCAGGAAGACCUCUUUGAUCAGAUACUUGUUGGGAAGCUGGAAUUUCCCUCUCCCUACUGGGAUAACAUUACCGAUUCAGCAAAGGAGUUAAUCAGCCUAAUGUUACAUGUGAAUGCUGAAGCCCGAUACACAGCAGCACAGAUCCUAAGCCAUCCCUGGGUGUCAGAUGAUGCUUCCCAGGAGAAUAAUAUGCAAGCUGAAGUAACAGGUAAACUGAAACAGCACUUUAAUAACACCCUACCGAAGCAAAAUAACACAUCUGCAGGGGUUUCUGUCAUCAUGAACACAGCUCUAGAUAAAGAGAGUCAGAUUUUCUGCAGCAAGCACUGUCAGGACUCUGGUAGAGCUGGAAUGGAAAAAAAUUCUCCAAUUGCUGCUGCAGCUAACAAUCCUCAUGUGGCUGGCUCCAACACCUUCUUCCCUGCUGCUUCUGAGCCACUCAGAUCCCCCACGCUCUCUGCCUCAGCAUCACCGGAGUUUGCUGGGGAUCAGCCUGGUGCAUAGAACUGAUGAAACCAAAUCCAACAGAAGCCUCCUGCACUCUCACAACAAUUUCUCUGCAUUUCACAUGAGAGUUUGUUUUCAGACUGCAUGCACCCGCUCGUGGCAAGCCCAAGGCAGUCUCUGCCAAGAGAGUCUGAUCUUCUAAUAGUGGGUCAGUGAACGUCCAUUAGAGUGCUCUUUGCCUUGUCUUGACAACAGCAGUAGGGGUAAGAUUCUGGCAAUGUUAGAUUAAUUUUAAGUUAUCUAUGUUAGUUUAAUUACCUGCAUUUCACACAGCCUUGGGCUCUAAAUAGACUAACUUAUGGUGUAGGUAGCCAUAUUUUUAUAUGAUCAGCAAGAUGAUGAACAGUUGCCUGGGCUCACUUCUACAAGCAGGAUCCAUUCUGUUCUUUUGAUGAGGGGUCUCAGAAAAGUGUGAGAGCAAUACAGGAGAAGAAAGCUUAUAUUUACCAUCUAUUCUGAUGCCUCUAUUUUUAGCCAAGUUUCUACUGAACUUGAAGAGACUAAUUUUCACCAAAAAAAAUAGUGUAAAAAAAACAUGAGACCAACAUUUGAGAUAGAUAGAGGGGAAGGAUGGUUGUUUUCAAAUCAUGUUUGUUAUCUGACUUGCAGGCUUCAGGGUAGUGUUUAGAUAAUAUGAAUUUAAAUAAAGUGACUUGGGCUGUAAACAUGAGCACUGUACAUUUAUUUGUAAUGAAAGGCUGGAAUCAAGGAAGCCUUUUUGUUCUAGCCAUUUUCUAUCCUAACCACAAGUGUCCCACCCACACCUUUACCCAGCAUCAGACUACCUAUUAAAUAAAAUAAAAUUACUUUGGACCUGUGAAUAGAAAGCCUGCUGCACGUUACCUAUGGAGCAGCUUCUAGUUCUAGGAUGAGUUGACAGAGGAGCUACUACAAACAGCUGUCCUCACUAGCUACCAGAACUUUGUCAGUACUAUCUCCCUUUUUACCUGGUGCAGGCACUGGAAACAAGGAUUGGGGAGCAGCUAUCCUUAAUCUGCAGUCACAAGAUAGAUGAGGUUUUAUCUUUACCAUAAUGCUUAGUUCAAUAUAGUAUGUAUUCAGCUUAUUCUUUUCUUUUGCUCAUUCUUACAAAUUAGUCAUAGUUCAUU